AUGUCCUGCUACGACCAGUGCGUGCCACGCCUGCAGUGUCGGCCCUGCGGCCCCACCCCUCUGGCCAACAGCUGCAACGAGCCCUGCGUCAGGCAGUGCCAGGACUCCAACGUCGUCAUCCAGCCCUCUCCCGUGGUGGUGACCCUGCCCGGACCCAUCCUCAGCUCCUUCCCGCAGAGCACCGCCGUCGGAUCCUCCACCUCCGCUGCCGUUGGCAGCAUCCUCAGCUCUGAGGGUGUGCCCAUCUCCUCUGGAGGCUUUGGCUUCUCCGGCUUCGGCAGCGGCUUCAGUGGCAGGCGAUGCUUCCCCUGCUAAAGCUGCUGGCCAUGGCCCCGGAGAAAGACCUCCAUAGUCCAUGAAGUUUGAAGAAGACCUGAGAGAGAGCACCGGGGCAAAUCUCAUCUCUCAGAAAACAUGCUCCAUGACUUCUUUUCCCCUCUUCCAUCAUUUUUCUUUUUUUUUCCCUGUGUCCUUCCUGC